CGUUGCGUCGCCGCUCGAGGAGGCGUUGGCGCAUCGCACGACUGCUGCCGCUGCUGCUGCUGCUGCGGACACAGAAACCGGCUGUCCUGCACUGAAACAGAACACACAACUGACACGGUCGCCAUCCUUCAAUCUGUAGCUACAGCUUCACUUUGGGUGAUCACUCACCAGCUUCAAAAUGAUCAAGAACGGCCAUCACCACCACCAAGUGAACACGGCAGCCGGGAAAGACGCUGGGACGACCCCCGGCGCUGCAGCCUGCAGUCCCGAGAAGAGGAGGCGAAGGAUCCGGGUGUGGUGCGAUGGCUGCUAUGACAUGGUCCAUUAUGGUCAUUCCAACCAGCUGCGACAGGCCAAGGCCAUGGGAGAUUACCUCAUCGUUGGAGUACACACAGAUAGUGAGAUUGCGAAGCACAAGGGUCCGCCAGUCUUCACUCAGGCAGAAAGAUACAAGAUGGUGCGGGCCAUAAAGUGGGUGGAUGAGGUCGUGGAAGGAGCGCCUUACGUCACCACCCUGCAGACCCUCGACAAGUACAAUUGUGACUUCUGUGUGCAUGGAGAUGAUAUAACCCUAACAGUGGAUGGGAAAGACACGUACGAAGAGGUGAAGAAGUCGGGACGAUACAGGGAGUGUAAGAGAACCCAGGGAGUUUCAACUACAGAUCUGGUUGGUAGGAUGCUACUGAUGACUAAAACACAUCACAGCAACAUUGAUAGUUCAGACUAUCAGCAGCACACAGACAACUUUGGAAAGAAGGGCCACAGUCCCUGGACGGGGGUGUCUCAGUUCCUGCAGACUUCACAGAAGAUCAUCCAGUUUGCUUCAGGACAGGAGCCUCAACCUGGAGACACGAUUAUCUAUGUGGCAGGAGCCUUUGACCUCUUCCACAUUGGCCACGUGGACUUCCUGGAAGCAGUGCAUAAGCUCGCAGAAAAGCCAUACAUUAUAGUGGGGUUACACUUUGAUCAGGAGGUGAACCGCUACAAAGGGAAAAACUACCCCAUCAUGAAUGUCCACGAGAGAACGCUCAGCGUGCUGGCUUGUCGAUAUGUGUCAGAAGUGGUGAUUGGUGCACCCUUUGCAGUCACAAAAGAUUUACUGGACCAUUUCAAAGUGGAUCUUGUAUGCCAUGGAAAGACAGUAAUAUAUCCUGACAAGGAUGGAUCUGACCCUUAUGCUGAGCCGAGGAGAAAAGAAAUCCUGCGCACCGUAGACAGUGGAAACGGCCUCACUACGGAUGCCAUUGUGCAAAGAAUAAUCAAAAACAGGUUGCUGUUUGAAGCAAGGAACCAGAAGAAAGAGGCCAAAGAGAUUGCUGUGAUCCAGGCCAUGAAGCGACAAGAGGAGGAAAAAACUAAAGAAAGGGCUCAGACUAUCGUGUAGGAAGGCCCCCAAACAAGCACUAUUGAGUGUCAACAUAACACUGACAAGCUCAAUUAAUCUAAUGUACAAUAAAACCAACCCUUUUAUAUGUGUUAUGACACCCUCCACACACGAUCCGGGAUAAUAACAGCUGUCCUUGCAGCAGCCCGUUCAUAGCCAGGGCGGUAUAGUCUGCUGUGUGAACAUCAGGUAUACAGUGGGUGUGUGUGUGUGCGCGUGUGUAUGUAUGUGUGUGUGUGUGGGGAUCUUCUGUGUAAUAAUAUAUUCGACAUAUGCAAAUACAUGUUCAUGUCAGUCAACAAUCACACAUACAAACUAUGAAUU